AUGUCCGAUAUAGAGACAGUCGCGGCCGCUGAUAAAGCGGCCAAUACAGUUAUACUUGCUGUUGGUCCUGUUUUUAUCGUUAUUGCGGUCGGGUUGAUUGGUCUUGCUACUACUGUAUACUUUACUGUAGUAUUUCCAGCCUUUUAUGUUUGGGACGACGAUUAUAUUUGGACAAAGAUCUAUUAUUAUAUUGGUUUAAUAUUUAGUAUAUAUAUGGUUGUCUGCAUCUUUUUUCAUUAUUACAUGGCCGUGAGAACAAAGCCUGGUGGCGUAUUGAAUGCUGGGACUGUACAAUCGGAUUCUAAUGAUCCAACAUUACAAGAUUUGUUUCUUGAACUGGAAGAAUAUCAAGAAUUUCCAAAAACAUGCAAAAAAUGUCACCUUCCAAAACCAGAGCGUGCUCAUCAUUGUUCCGUUUGCAGAAGAUGUGUGUUAAGAUUUGAUCACCAUUGCCCUUGGAUAGCGAAUUGCGUUGGAUACUUCAAUCAUCGUUACUUUUUAUUAUUCAUGACUUAUUUGGUUAUUGGAUGUUUUUAUUUCGCUGUUGUUGGAUGGCAACCAUUCCUGUUAAGUUUGGGAGAAACUGGGUGGGAUUGGUGGAUGCCGCGCCCUUAUGUGGCUUUAUCGUUUUUGCUUGCAGUUGCAAUUGGCCUGGCUUUGGGGGGAAUGUGUUCAUGGCAUUACUAUCUAAUUAUGACAGCACAGACAACAGUAGAGUUUUAUAACAAUCAGUAUGCGAGACGUACUGCAAGAGCAAAGGGAGAGGUGUAUGUGAAUCCAUAUGACCUUGGUCCUGUAUUAAAUUUGUGUCAAUUCUUUAAUGUCGGCCGGAAUUAUCCAAUAUACACGAUAUUUCUACCAAUACCAAUAUCUCCACCGAGUAAUGGUAAGGUUUGGGAAAAAAAUCCAAUGGGUUAUGCAAAUGUUCAAACGGAAAUAUCGGAAGAUACCGAUUGA